AUGGACUACACAGCCAGGGCUCUUACAAUUGUUUUCGCUUCGGAGGAGGCUUACAGACACGCCGUGGAAACCUGGGCCACCGACGGUGGCUUGAUCCUGCUAGCUUUCAUCAAAGGCUGCGGAGACCAUUCGAAGGGUGAGAGAUGCUACUUCGUGGUGUCCGAGUUGGACUUUGGUCCUCCUGGCUAUGUUGUCAGAGCCAACGGCAAGGCCCGUCACCCCGACGAGAUCGCCACAUCCGGCUCGGCUACAUGGGGUCAUUGGUCACCGAGGAAAGGAGAGCCAGGGAUCCAGCGCACUGGCUCAGGAAGCGGUUCAGGUUCUGGGUCGGCCUUCACCUGGUCUCCUCAGCCGACGGUAUCGCCAGGAUCCGGCUCCGGGUCCGGAGGACAACCUGGAUCGAACAACCCUGGAGCCUCCGCAGCGGCGCUUCCAGUCCCGAAUCCAUCUGGGAUCACCACUGCCAAUCUUUCCUCCACGCGAUCUUGCGCAGGACCGCUGGAUACAAAGUACGGCCUUCCCACGGCUUGCUUAGGAGAGUUCUUUGACGAAGAUCUGGAUGAUUCUCUUGGGUACACGGAUCUCAGCCAAGAUGAUCAUCGAUAUAUCCUUGGUUACGCGCCCGACUUUCCGAAUGAAGUCCUUCCGCCUGACUUUGACUUUGAUGUAGAUGGGGAGGGCUUCUUCAGAAAGCGUCACAACCAGCAUCGCAAGCGGCAGGCGGGACUCAUCAAAGCGGCCGCUAACAUCGCCAAGAAAGCCUAUCAGACUGUUCAAUUUGCCACAACACUCUCUGGGACUAUCAACAGAGAGUUCGUCUGGAAGCUCCCGGAUCCAUUAUCUGGGAAUGCUGACGCCAAGAGGGUUCAAGACAGGGAAGCCAAGCAGAUGAGGUCGCCUUGGGGUGACGCCGUUCUCCUUAGAAGAUUCAGUAGCAGCGUCAGGGGUAACGGAGGGAGCGCCAAAGAGUUUAUGGACGUCUACUGCGUCGGUUGCGGUGUCACAGGCAACGCAAAGGUCGCUGGUUCAGCCAAAUGGACUCCUGGCGAGGGCAUCGUCGAAGGCCAGGUCGAGAUCCGUACAGAUGUGAUGUUCGUUCUCAAGGUCGGCAUCGAUGCUGGGAUUGUUCUCAAGCAGAACUUCAAAGCAGAGCUAUUCAGCCUCGGCCUGCCCGGCCUUUCAUUUGGAGUUGUGUCUAUUGGACCUCGUAUUACAGUGGGCACGAGGGUCACCCUCGAAGCGGCUGCCAAGGGGAGGCUUCUUGCAGGUGCCGAAAUGGGUCUGGAAGAUGCUCGCGUUGUUCUUGACUUUGUCAACGACAGCAAAGCCACCGACAGAGGCUGGGAGCCUUACUUCAAGCCAGUGUUUGAGGCCGACGGCAGCUUGAUGGUCUCUUCAACUCUCGGACUGCCAAUCGGCAUCAAGUGCGGAAUCAAAGUCAGCACCUUUUCAAGGGACGUGGGGGUCAUCUCCGAACCAUCUAUCAAGGGCGUUGCUCAAGUGGCAGCGUCUAUCGGAAACUCCGCUGGGGUGCUCGAGGGCGGUUUCACCUCAACAGAUGGAUGCCCCGGCAUCGCAGGACAGAUUACCUGGCGACACAAACUAUACGCCGAGAUCCCCGGCCGCAAGCCCAUUCCUCUAUUGGACACCAAGGACAGACCUUUGGCGCGAACCUGUCUUCCCUUCGUCAACGGCAAGGGCUUCGAUUUCUCGUCGAGCACCUCAGGACCUCCCAUUGAUACUGCUCCUGCUUCCGUACAGCCGACGGAGUCCUCUGUCGACUCGGUCGUUCCCUCCGCAGACUCCCCCUCUCAGACCAUCCCAUCCACUCCUGAUGCGACAAGUAGCGAUCUUCAACCGACUGGCGACGUCGUUGACGAGACGACCAGCGUAGCGGGCUCGACGGACCUUGACUACAUCUCUCAGCCCGUCGGCACGAAUCCCUACAUGGACGACACUGGCCGCGAAUUCGGUAUCAUUACUGACUCGUCGAACUCGUCAAUGAUUAUCUCUUGCAGUAACGGCAACAUGUAUCCUGUCAGCAUCGGCAGCCCAGAGAAUGCGGUUUGCUCAGAGUUGUGGGCUGCUGCACAAGAUGUGCUCAUCUACGAUGGAGCUGAGCGUCUCAUGCACUACUACACAAACACGAUGUCAGGACUUGGUGUUUCCCGGCUUCGAGUCGGGCCCGAGUUUGUGGCUCCUGCAGGCGCUGCCGUGGUCACGUGGGCGGUGUACACUGCCCAGGAUGGAACCAACGAUUCCUACUACGUGGCUGUCGAUUCCCAUGAUGGUCUCUUCUACCCCAUCAUCUGCGACUACUCGGAUGGAACUGCUUCCAGACUGUUUUUGGCUAAGGAUCCAGUGGCAGGUGUCACUUUGUUAGAAAGCGCAGAUGUGAUGUACUCAGUCACAGGAGGCCAGGUUUCGACCUGCCAGACGGUGGCGUUGGGCCUGAGGACCAGACAGGGGUAG